AUGGGGCUACAGUUUAGUGAACGUUGGUUAUUCAAAUUCCAUGUCUUCUCCUUCCUCUUCUCCUUCCCCUUUUCUUCUCCUUCCCUUUCUCCUUCCCCUUCUCUUACACCUUCUCCUUCCCCUUCUCCUUCCCCUUCUCCUUCCCCUUCUCCUUCCCCUUCUCCUUCCCUUCGUAGUUCAGUGACCGUUUGUUAUUCAGAUUCCAUGCAUUCUCCUUCCUCUUCUCCUUCCCCUUCUCCUUCCCCUUCUCCUUCCCCUUCCCUUUCUCCUUCCCCUUCUCUUUCCCCUUCUCCUUCCCCUUCUCCUUCCCCUUCUCCUUCCCCUUCUCCUUCCCCUUCUCCUUCCCUUUGUACUUUAGAGAACGUUGGUUAUUCAAAUUCCAUGUCUUCUCCUUCCUCUUCUCCUUCCCCUUUUUCUUCUCCUUCCCUUUCUCCUUCCCCUUCUCUUACACCUUCUCCUUCCCCUUCUCCUUCCCCUUCUCCUUCCCCUUCUCCUUCCCUUUGUAGUUUAGUGACCGUUUGUUAUUCAGAUUCCAUGCAUUCUCCUUCCCCUUCUCCUUCCCCUUCUCCUUCCUUUUGUAGUUUAUUGACCGUUUGGUAUUCAAAUUCCAUGCCUUCUCCUUCCUCUUCUCCUUCCCCUUCUCCUUCCCCUUCUCCUUCCCCUUCCCUUUCUCCUCCCCCUUCUCUUACCCCUUCUCCUUCCCCUUCUCCUUCCCCUUCUCCUUCCCCUUCUCCUUCCCCUCCUCCUCUUGCUCCUCCUCUUCAUCCUUCUCAUCUUGCCGAUAGGGUGGUGUGCUUGCUACAAGGUGGUGGUGUGUGA